UUUUGUUCUGUUGCUAUAUUAGGUAAUUAUUUAAAAUUAUUAACUAACAAAAAUAAGAAAAACAACAUUAUUGUUGGUGGGCUUGAAGUCUUUAUUGGGCUGAGUGGGAGCAGGAAGUCCAGUUAUAGAACACAUCCAGUGAACUCACUGUUCGGAUAGAAGGGCACAGAAGAAGAAAGAAAUGGGACAAAACUAAUACUAAUCCAAUACAAACCUUCUACGUGAACAAAUUUGGUUCCUUUGAUCCCCUUUCUUCUUUGUUUUUGUUCAUCAAAAAUAAUCCAGCAAAAGUUCAAGUCUUACGCGGCGAGAGUAUUUUAGACACCAACAUUCUAUUUUUCUUGUGGAUUGAUGCUGCAUAGGUUACCGGGUCCAUCUCUUCGGCAUGGAUCCUCAUAACUCUUUGGAUGAUAAGUCCGAAAGCAGACUUUAUGUUGGAAACCUUGAUCUUAGAAUAUCAGAGGCUGCUUUGAUUAAGAUGUUUUCUUCCUUUGGAAAGAUUGUCGCGGAAGACUUCCUGUGGCACACUCGUGGCCCUAAGCGUGGGGAGCCACGUGGCUAUGCUUUUGUCCAGUUUAGCACUAAAGGGGAAGCUGUAUUGGCCAAGGAGAAGAUGCAUGGAAGAUUGGUCUGUGGGCGACCUUUGAUCGUUAGGCUUGCCAGCGAGAAAUAUUUGAUGGAAGGGGCUGGAAAUUCUUCUUUCGGAGCUGGUGGUGAGACAAGCAAAUCAAACUUUGUUGCUGGCUCCUCGGCGCAAAUGAGCAAGAGUACCAAAAUAGCUGCAAUUAAGAACAAAUUGAAGGCUAUGGAAGAAGAGAGCCAGAACUCAAAGAGACAAAAAAAUGGCUGACAAACUCAGUUGGUCCAGAGUUGCGAUAGAGAUGUCUUUGGAUCUUUGUUUUAUGAGAAUGACGGGAUAAUAUUAUUAUGGUUCAUAAACCCCUUUGCAGAAUGAUAUCGACUUUGUUUUGAUUACCCCCCAAAAAAAGGUAUCAACUUUGCAGAUCUGCCUAGUGGUUUCCAUGGUAUGGUUACCAUGGGAACAUGUUUGUUUCCAUGAUUUCCUAAAAAGGGUGGUAUGAUAUGGUACUAUUUCAUGGUUUGAUAACCAUGGAAUCCAUCAAUUUAUUAAACCACCAAA